AACACGUAAGUCUCGCCGGGGCUCGGUUCCCGUGAAAUUACCGCGCGGCUCGGCGUUCGUCACGACCGAAAGCAGCCGUCCCGCGUGCCGGUUUACGCGGCCAGUCCGUCGCGGCUGCCGAAGAGACGGUGGGCGAGGACGCGUGGCCAUUAUCGGAAGAUUUGCUUGUGGGUGCGAGUGGCGCGGUGAGACGUCGAGAGAGACGACGUAGAAGGAGCGCUGCGCGGCGUGGAGCGGCGCGACAGGCGACCCGUGCAGCAGCAGCAGCAGCAGCAGCGGCAGCAGCAGCAGGCGGCGGCGGCGGCUCCCUUGCCCCUCACCACCGCGAGUCCUGCCUCUCCCCGCGCGCGGUCCCUGUGUGUGUGGUGACGGGAGGACGGGCGCGCGUCUCUCCCCCGUGCGCGCCUGUGUGUUUUGUGGCAGAGGAGACGAGGAGGAGGCGGCCCCGGAGCCGACGGAGAACGAGAUGCGAGAACCGCCGACGGCACCGUUCACCACGAUGAGAAAUGAAGUAUGUCAGACACGUUUAAUUAAUAUUCUUCAGUGAACGAAGAUGAAUAGUGAGCAGCAUGCAUUGCCAGCGACUACGCAGGCACAACAAGAGGAUGUAAACGCGGGUCAAAGUGGUCGUCCUUCAUACCCAGGUGGUUUGGCUACUGCGACCGCGAGUCUUGGCAAUGUAGGGAGUACUCCCCAUUCAUCCGCGGACCUGCGUGUAGGUACUGCCGUAGCGUUAGCCUCCUCGGUAGCCUCCUCGGUAGCUAAGUAUUGGGUCCUCACCAAUCUGUUUUCUCCCGGACCGCUACCUCAAGUCUCGGUUUACCACCAUUCCCACCACAACUCCUCGCAUAGGAGUGGUGGCGGUGGGGAGGCAUCAUCCUCCAAAGAACCAGCCUCUUCACUGAACCAGGAAAUGGCGUUGACUUCCAGCUCGCAUCAUCAGCAACAGUCAACCGCCGCGCAUCAUCAUCAUCAGCCUUCAGUUAGCAGCAGCAGCAGCCACCACAGUUCUCUGCAGUCGAAUCCACAGAUUCCUGUGUCUCUUCCCGGCCUUAAUUUAGACGGCGCACAUUUACCAGCGAGUGUUAGUCAUCUGGCUGCACAUGCACAAAUGCAACAAAUGCAGGCGCAAGCACAACAGCUGCACCAGCAGCAACAACAGCAACCGCCUCAGCAACAGCAGCAGCAACAGCAGUCCCAUCAUCAGAUGCCGAAUCAUCAGAACGCUCAGAACAAUGGUCCGACGGCGCAUAGCCAGAACGCUCAGCGAGACGACAACAAGGUCAAGGACGAAGGCGGUAGUUGCACCACCGAACGUUGCAGCGACAAUCAGGUUCACUGUCAAGUUCAAUGCGAUCUGCAAUUACAACCACCCCAAGAUCUUCAACAGAGCUUGAUGCAACAGCAGCAACAGCAGCAGCAACAGCAGCAGAUCGGAGUCAACAUUAGUGGUAACUCCAACACUGAGGGAGGAAGCCAGAAUAACUCCGAGAAACCCGAAAAAGAGAAAGAAUUGCGACAACUGAAUAUGACCCAAUUUCAAGUCCCUGAGUUGAAACCAGGAGGCCACAUGAUGGACGUGAGGACAGCAGAUGGGUCGGUUGUCAAAAUCAGUGCAGGAAACGAGCAAGAUUUAGCCAAGACCCUUGGCGUCGAAAUGGUACAAAAUAUGUACAAGGUUAAUGUUGAAGAUAUUAAUCAACUGUUGGCGUAUCACGAGGUCUUUGGAAAGCUGCAGAGUGAAAUUGCAGCUGGAACGACUCUAGUAGGCAGUACUGUGCCUACACAAACAGUUACCACGAUACAGAAUGGCACGCCAAUCGUGCAACAAGUCCAAUUGAACAAAUUCGACAUAAAGUCGAGCGACGGGGAGGCAACGCCCGGCCCGAGCGCAUCGCCCGUAUCGGUUGGCAGCCACGCUUGCGAGAUAUGCGGAAAGAUCUUCCAGUUUCGUUAUCAGCUCAUUGUACAUCGCAGAUAUCAUACCGAGAGGAAACCAUUCACCUGUCAGGUAUGCGGUAAAGCAUUCUCGAAUGCGAACGAUUUGACGCGUCACGGCAAGUGUCAUCUGGGUGGAUCCAUGUUCACCUGCACCGUUUGCUUUCACGUCUUUGCAAAUGCACCUUCGCUAGAACGUCAUAUGAAGAGACAUGCUACCGACAAACCGUACAAUUGCACAGUCUGUGGUAAGAGUUUUGCGCGCAAAGAGCAUUUGGAUAACCACACGAGAUGUCAUACUGGCGAGACGCCAUAUAGAUGCCAAUAUUGUUCAAAGACAUUUACCCGAAAAGAACAUAUGGUAAAUCACGUUCGCAAACACACUGGUGAGACUCCACAUCGAUGUGAUAUUUGCAAGAAGAGCUUUACUCGCAAAGAACACUUUAUGAACCAUGUUAUGUGGCAUACAGGAGAAACCCCUCAUCAUUGUCAAGCUUGCGGCAAGAAGUAUACGCGCAAAGAGCAUCUUGCUAACCAUAUGCGUUCGCACACAAACGACACGCCGUUCCGUUGUGAAAUAUGCGGUAAGUCGUUUACGAGGAAGGAGCACUUCACGAACCACAUAAUGUGGCACACGGGCGAGACGCCGCACCGCUGUGACUUCUGCUCGAAGACGUUCACGCGAAAGGAACACCUCCUGAACCACGUUCGCCAGCACACGGGUGAGUCUCCACACCGAUGCGGCUUCUGCUCCAAAUCGUUCACCAGAAAGGAACACCUUGUUAACCACAUCCGCCAACACACAGGAGAGACGCCCUUCCGCUGUUCAUACUGUCCGAAAGCAUUUACGCGGAAGGAUCACCUGGUGAACCACGUCAGGCAGCACACGGGUGAGUCACCGCACAAGUGCCAGUAUUGCACCAAAUCCUUCACGCGGAAGGAACAUUUGACCAAUCACGUGCGUCAACACACAGGCGAAUCGCCACAUCGAUGCCACUUCUGCUCCAAGUCAUUUACUCGUAAGGAGCAUUUGACGAAUCAUGUGCGCAUCCACACUGGCGAAUCUCCACAUAGGUGUGAGUUUUGCCAGAGGACGUUCACUAGGAAAGAACAUCUAAAUAAUCAUCUCCGUCAACAUACCGGAGAUUCCUCACACUGUUGCAACGUAUGCUCCAAACCAUUCACAAGAAAGGAACAUCUCGUGAAUCAUAUGCGUUGCCAUACUGGUGAACGUCCAUUCGUGUGCACAGAAUGUGGCAAGAGUUUCCCGCUGAAGGGUAAUCUUCUCUUCCAUAUGCGCUCGCAUAACAAGGGCAGCAACGCCGAAAGGCCGUUUCGCUGCGACCUGUGCCCCAAAGAUUUCAUGUGCAAAGGACAUUUGGUCUCGCAUCGACGCUCGCAUUCAGACGAACGGCCGCACAGUUGCCCAGAUUGCGGCAAGACCUUUGUCGAGAAGGGCAACAUGCUGCGACACUUGCGUAAGCACGCGGCUGAAGGUCCGCCUACCCAAGUUAGCACACCGUCGGCUAUACCGCAAUCUGGUGUCCUGCCGAUACCAGCAGCGGCGGCAGUCUUAGUCGGACAUCCAUUAGCACCACCGGCGCCGCCUGUGGUUCCGCAACAUACGGUGGUCGUGCCGACACCGCCCGGUGUAUUGACAUCAUACUAGAUUGAACGAGAAAGCGAAGAAUAUAACUAAAAGGAAAAAACGAGAAAUAAGAAUAGAAGAAACGAGAAAGAGAAGGCAUUUGAAGAUGAUACAUGCUGUGUAUACUUAAUAUAUGAUUGCGUCAAACAAAUGUGAAGAUUGUGCGCCAAUCAUCGUUUUCUUGAGGACCUGGAUUACAGUGGAUUUAUUAUGCCCCAUUUGAAUCAACGGUGUCUCGUGUGCUUCUCGAUCCGCUUGUGAUAUCGCAGCGGCUGCACACCACUUUUGUUUCAGUAAGAUUCGCAAAGAACGUUAGUUCGGGACGAUGUAGAGCGAUUGCUCGUGAUACGCGCAUAAAACGCGCAUUAGAACAUUGAUGAUUGUUCUUUGCGACAACGGCGAUUAUCCAAAGUUUGGUUUUGCUUCGUUUAAUGCUUGUACUUGAUAAGUCGAUUAUGGUAACGAACAUAUAUUCGUUCCAAAUUUGUGCAAGAUAAAUAUCAGGUGUAUCAGAAAAUUUUGCGACUAUAUGAAGAAUAUGUAAUGAUACUUCUUCGUUAUACUUUAGUAACCUUCCAUAAUUUUAACAAAGAGGCACUAAUUAUAAUGUCAGCGAUAUCUUGAAUUAUGUUUGUAUGUUAUUUUCAUGUGUGAGGAGCGUGUCUGUGUGUGCAUUUGCCACAAUUAAUGAAGUUUUCGAUAGCACGUACCAUGAUAAUGUCGAAUGAAAUCUAUUUGUGAUUUUGAAUAUGUAUAUUUUCUUGAAUGAAAAUAUAUAUUUGUAUGUCAUUAUUUGCAAGUAUAUUUUAACCGACAUUGAGACGUGGCAAUUAUUUAGAUGUAAAUCAGGGCGAAUGUAGUAAAAAGCUUAGCCAUGAUUAUAGUCAUAGCCAUUGCUUUAUAUUAACAUUGACAAAAUACUAUUGAAGACUGCCGGUUUUCUUAUCAAUAUGUAAAUUAUCUGGAUAUAGUAGAUUGAGACGUUAUUUUAUGUUCUCUCAAAUUCACCACAUAUAAUUUUAUAGAAGAAAUUCGAUUAGAAGUGAAAACGCUUGUUAAUGAUACACAUUUCCAUCAGAAAUAAACUGUGUUCAAAAUGAAAACUUCACUCACUGGUCUACUAUUAACAAAAGAUUGAAUAAUGCUUUAUAUAUUAUUGUAUAUCAAUAUUAUAAUUUGUUUUACUCAUCCAAAUUGUAACACCUUAAGUACAUUUCGAUCACGCAAACUAUUGGUCUUUAAUAGUAUAUUGUUGAUGGCAUUAUUGACCUCUAUAUAUAUUUUAUAUGGUACUGUAUCAUUACUUUCACGAAAAUUUCAUUUGAUCCGGAGUGGUAUUUCGAAUUGUUAUUUUUAUAUUUGCACAGAUAUACUCAUAUAAAAAUUAUACUGUUAACAGAACAGAAUGAUGUCAUCUGUCAUGCUAUGAUCAAGAAUGCUAAAAUGCUUUUGAGAUUAAUUUCUUACGAGAAAAAAAAUUAUAUAUUAUACGAGAAAAAAAUUAUAUAUUGCUUAUACAAGAAAAAAAGUUAUAUAUUCUCUUUCGUUUGAUUUUAAAAUUCUAAACUGAUAUGUUUAUUGUCUAAACAUCUUGACAGUAAGGCAGCAAGCGUCUAGAUCUUGCUAUUAUUAAUUUCUUAUAAAAUUGUAAUAAUCAAACAACGCAGAAAAUGUCUUUCAAACACGAAAUGUAUAUCCAAUCCUGCGUCUUAAGCGUUAUUUGCUAUGAUUUUUAGUUUUAGGUAUUCGUUUAUACGAUUGAGUGCAAUAUGGCUCAGCCGCAUUUUGUUUAAGAAAGCAGAAACAAUUGCAAAAGGAAUACCACUGAUACCGGAUCUGAUAAACUUACAAAUAAACAAAUAGUAAAUUGAUGUGCGUAAUGAGUCGAAUUUCACGCGUUACCGAGAGCAGAUAUUCAUGUUUUAAAUCUCGUUAUUAAAUUCAAUUAAUAAAUUUUUUUUUGUAUACCAUCUAUCGCGAGAAAGGAGAAACACUAUCACUGUAGCGAUCAUGCUGUAAGGCCAUGUAUUUCGUAUUUACCGUUAAGAUAAAAGUAAAGAGAGAUAAAUAAGUGCGGCAGCGUGGUGAACGAUUACACGUGUAUAUAGAGUCCUGUAUGAAAUUUCAAUUUUGGACUCGGGCACGUGAAGCGAUAUAAGAACAAAAGAUCGCAUCCAAUUGACCAUUGCACCGUCGCGUUUGCGUUAAAUAUAUAAUUAUGUAUAAUAUUGAUAGUACCUAUCAAAUAGGCAUUACAUAAAGAGGACGAGAAAUUUAUUAAUGCGCGUUUGUGCGUCAUGCGUGACCAGCGUGCGACGAAAGUUGUUCGCAAGUCGGUAGAAAUCUAGAUAUAUAUUAUAUAUAAUGAAUAUAUAUUAUACUAUAAGAGCAUAUUGAGAAAUACAAGUUAGAUAUCAUAUGUACUAUUUAAAGUAACGAAACAGUGAAAACUUGAGUGUACUGCAGGGUCAUCUUAUACAUGAAAUACCGUGCGGAAUUUACCUACAUUAUGCGUAGACCUUUGUUAUAUUCUUGGGAAAAAAAGAAAGAGAGGUACGAGGGCGAUAAUAGAUAAGCAUAGAUAAAGAGAGAAAGGGGAUACGCGAGUCGUCGCGAACUUAUACACUUCUAUGGGAUGGACAAAUAUAUAUGUAUAAUAUAUAUAACUGCUGUCGUGCUUAUAUACAUUAUGUAUAUAUACUCUGUAACAUAUACACAAGCGAGGUAAUCGCCGGGGGAAAACGACCAGAUCCAUUUUUUUUUCCUCGGAGAGGAAACUUACUUCCAACAAGACACGUGUAGAGAGAGGGGGGUGGGGGGAGAAGAAAGGAUAGAGAAAGGAAGAAACAAUUCCUCUGCAAUUGACCUAUGCAUCCCGCGCGACAACAAUGCUAAGAACAUAACAAGGAAUAAAAAUAGAAAUAAUGUUUAUAUGAAUUAUUAUGAUUAUUAAUAAUGAUACUAUCAUACGUUACGAGGAUAAAAACUAAGAGUUGAUUCAUGCUUUUAAGAGGUUUAGUUUCGUGCUUGUUUAAAGAUAAAGAUGAAGAUUAAUGGCAGUCAGGAUCCAAGCGUUCGACGUUUUGGGUCGAAGCGAGUGCGUAUACAGUGUUGACGUUGUCGUAACGUCGGUGUCCUGGACAUCGUCGUUUUCCGUCGUUCUCUGCGACUUAUGUCACGCUAGAGUUGCAGCGCAACAUCAUGCGUCUAUACGUAGAACCAGCCGACGCUUCGGCUCAGAGUGAGAAAAACGUGGUGAAGGAAAAAAAGAAUUCAAAAAAAUAUUAUUUACUUUAGAUAGAACGAAAAUAUGUAUAGAAUUUUAUUAUGCACCAUUGUAAUAUUAUGUAUCCCAGUUGUGACACAAUAUACACUGGUGUUAUGUUAAAUGUGGAAA